AUGCAUCAUGCAGCGCGGAGCCGGCCGCUUUUGCUAUUAUUUUUUUUGCUGCUAGCAAGCACGGGCCGGGCAUCUUGGCACAUGCUACUUGAGUCUUGA